AUGGGUCUCUUCAGCCAUCUGGGGUUGUCCGACCUCCCCAAAGAGAUAUUCAACUACCGUCUCUUUUGGUCUGUUGGUGUGUUCGGCAUCCUCGGAGCGGGACGAGGAAUCGAUGAAGGCCUGGUCGGCGGCAUGAUCUCCCUCAAGAGCUUCAAGGAUGAAUUCCCAUUGGAAGUCGGCACUGCCUCGGAGAUCGCCAACCGCGAGUCCAACAUCACAAGCAUGGUCCAGCUCGGCUCCAUAGGCGGCGCUCUGCUAGCUUUUAUCCUGUGUGAUCGAAUCGGCCGAGUCAGAUCCCUUCAAGCUCUGACGUUCCUCUGGGCUAUCGGAUUUGUCAUUGUUGUCACUAGUUUUGGCAACAUUGGGCAGAUUCUCGCAGGUCGCUUGAUCGCCGGACUCGGCGUUGGUAUGACCACAGUGGUUGGUCCGACUUAUCUAGCAGAGGUUGCCCCCAAGGAGAUUAGAGGUAUGCUGACCAACAUCUUUGCCGGUGCCGUGUACCUGGGUGUGAUGAUUGCGUACUUUGCCAAUUGGGGUUGUUCGGAGAACAUAUCCGACUCUUCUCGUUCGCAAUGGGUGAUUCCACAGGCAAUUCACAUUAUGUUUGCUGGGGUCAUUUUCAUUGCUUCUUUGACUGUCUCAGAGAGCCCACGGUUCCUCGUCAUGCGAGGGAAACACGAACAGGCUCUAAAGAAUCUGUGUACCCUACGCCAACUACCUAGCGAUCAUCCCAGUAUCAUGUCCGAGAUUCUAGACAUCCGCGAUCAACUAAAUCACGAGCAGGAGAGCACCCGGGGAUCCUCACUCUGGGGAAAGCUCAAAGAGCUCAUCACAAUCCCAGCUAACCGCUACCGCUUGAUGCUUGGUGUCAUGUCACAAUUGCUUGGACAAUGGUCUGGUGCCUCGGCGAUCACCAUCUACGCGACCAGCUUCUUCGCUGCACUGGGAAAAACCGGUCAAAGCGAGAAGCUAUUUGCAACCUGUAUUCUCGGGAUCGUCAAAUUCUGCUCCGCCUAUAUCUGCGCAUUCUUCCUCAUUGAUUUCCUCGGUCGUCGUCGCUCCCUCUAUACCGGGAUCAUCCUGCAAACUCUAUCGAUCUGUUAUAUUGCAAUCUACAUGGCCAAAGUCCCAGCCUCCGCUCACGUUUCAGAGACCAGUGAAAUCGCUGGCUCUGCUAAGCGUGCAGGCAUCGGCGCAAUUGCGGCCAUCUAUAUCUCCGGCUUUGGUUGGGCGAUCGGCUGGAAUUCGUUCCAGUAUCUGGUUAACGCGGAGAUUUACCCCAGUCGGUUGCGUGCCCUUGGCUCAUCAAUUGUCAUGUGCAUUCACUUUGCCAAUCAAUUCGGAAACACUAAAGCAGUCCCGAAUAUGGUGCUUGCCAUGACGAACUACGGCUUUUUUGUCUUCUGCACGGCGGUUUGCGUUCUUGGUCUUCUAUGGGUCUGGUUCUUUGUGCCUGAGACAGCUGGUAGAAGUCUCGAGUCGAUGGAGGAGUUGUUUGCUCUGCCGUGGCAUCAAAUUGGUCGCCAUGGUAAGUCUUUGUCUCCAGUCGGGGAUGGCCUCUUUGGUGAGGACCAAGAGAAAGCUCGCGCUAUUCAUCAAGAGUAG